AAUUUAUUUAUUUAAAUUUAAUGUCAUAAGUAGAUAGUUCAUGGGUUUGGUGAAAGAAGUGCGCGUGUGUUCUGACACCACUAAUGUAAUGAAAGAUGUCCCACUAUGGAUCCACUUACAACAGAACGAAACGAAAGUGACUAGUUGACCGUGUAUUACAUUGUGAUUAGUCUCGUAUAAAUCGUAUAAAUAUUGCCUUAAAAUGGCGCAGACAGUGAGACGCGCCAUUGAAGGUAGAUAUCCAUCUUGUUACAUACCAAGCAGAAUAAAAGAACGCAGGGCUAAGGCAAGGGCUUUGAGGUUAGAACAACAGAGGAAACCUGACAAGCCAGAGGACUUUGUCUGUUACUCUGACAGUGACAGUGAAGAAGAGACACCCACACAGCAACAUCAGACUCUGUGCACCUCGUACAACUUUGUAGACUAUGUGAGGUCCCGAGAAAUACAAGCGCCCGAGCCCCGCUCCGUGGACCAGUCGUACGCGACGCGGCACAUGUUGACCCACGACAUGUUCCGCGAGACGCCCGUCAACCUGGGCAACAUGAACAAGGUGUUCUGCUCUCAGUGGCUCUCCGACAGGCAGGUCGUCUUCGGCACCAAGUGCAAUAAGUUGAUGGUGUAUGACGUACGAACGCGGUCUUUAGACGCAAUCCCGACGUUGCGGCCGCGGGCGCCGUGGCCCGGCCUCGACCACCAGACCGGGAUACACGCGCUGCAGAUAAAUCCCUCUAGGACAUUAUUGGCGACUGGCGCGAGGAACUCUUGCGAGUUGGCCAUUUACAGUUUGCCGACUUUAGACCCCGUGUGCGUCGGGGAGGCGCAUAAAGACUGGAUCCUGGACAUGUGCUGGUUAGACGACGAGUUCCUAGUGACGGGGUCCCGGGACUCCAAGCUGGCGUUGUGGCGCGCCCCGUCAGCGCCGCCCUCCGCCGCGCCUACCGCGUCUGGGGCGGCCCCGGCCCCGCACCAUGAUUACGUGGCCCCGCUCGCGUUACGAGACUGUCGCGCUGGUGAGUUAACUAACCAUUCAAUAAGGGAAGGCCUGUGCCCCAGCAGUGGGGACAUUAAUAGGCUGAUGAUGAUGAUGAUGAAACUUUGUGCAGGUUUACUGAUGUUCUACGACUUGAGAGCUGGUAAAUAUUUGGAGAGCAACAUUCACUCAUCGAAGACGGUCACACUUAGGGCUUCAAGGGGAUAUGUAUACCCACAAUUCCCGGACGAAGACGCAGACGGAUUCAACCAAGUAAAAUACGUUCCAGCUAUAUAUACCCACUGCUAUGACCAUAGUGGCACACGGAUAUUCACCGCUGGAGGGCCAUUGCCCGCACCUUUAGUAGGAAAUUACGCUGGGAUAUGGCAAUAA